AUGUUGGCAGGCUACGAGACAAGUGCUCGCGAGCAUGUAUUCAGGAGUCUCUUCAAGAGAGCCAGCGACAGCUUUGAUUCGGAAGACUUUGAGGAGAGCGAGCGCCUCUGCCGUCUUCUGUUGAAUUACGCUGAUCUCAGCAUUUACCACCAGGCAGGCUGUCAUCGUAUCCUUUCUCUCGGUGACGAGAACUUUCUCUGGCAUGCUGAACAAGCUGUGAACUUGUAUGAGCAACUCUUCUACCCUGACGGCGAGGCUCUUGCAGACCAUCUUCUCAGCGACGUCCAAGUUCGGAAACGGAACGAUAUCCUUCAACAUGCCUACAGCAAUCUUGCACAAGCUGAACAAGAUCAUUUCGAGAUACGGUGCGAUUACAUGGAGCGAUACGAUCGGUUCAAGGCCAUCUUUGGCUCAGAGUUCACAAUCGUUGUCGUGUUGAACCAUCGUCAAUCCCGGUACGUUAUCAAGUGGUCUGCGUCGUUCAGACCUCUCUCGUUGCCCGACGCCCUAGCUCUGGCCAACACAGACUUUCAACUUCAUUCACUACGCCUGGUCGCCAAGGUACGCGACGUCGUGCAUCACACCACAUACGCAUACUACGCUCUAUUACCGGUCCUCCCACUACAAACCAACUUCCACACAUCAGCAACGAUGUCACAAGAACCAGCUUCGAGGCAGAUCGACCUGCGCACACCCGAUGAAGACUUCGAGAAGCGCGCAGAUCAAUCUGACAACGACGUCGUUGACGACAUGAACGACGAGAUCAGCAACCACUUCGACGGCACGAACGACGUAAUCGGUGGUGACCACGAUGAGUACCCAUGCCUUCCUCGCCUUCUCAAGUUCAUCUCGACUUCAUCCACAAAACCACCCUCAGAAGUUGUGAGAAAUGGGAUCUCAUUCGUCUCGCCUACAUCGCAAAGGGGCUGCUCAAUGGCGAGUGGGAUCAAGCCCCUCCACCCCUCGAACCAAAGAUCAGCGCGUUAA